AUGGUGGUGGCCAGCAGCACCGCAGUGACAGUGUUUUUCCCUCUUUGCCUCACAGGAUGUGACAUGUGUGCUGACAACCGCAACGGCGAGUGCCCCAUGCAUGGGCCCCUCCACUCCCUGCGCCGUCUGGUGGGCACCAGUAGUGCUGCUGCAGCAGCCCCUCCACCUGAGAUCCCAGAGUGGCUCCGGGACCUGCCCCGGGAAGUGUGUCUGUGCACCAGCACGGUGCCUGGCCUGGCCUACGGCAUCUGUGCGGCACAGCGGAUCCAGCAAGGUACCUGGAUUGGGCCCUUCCAGGGAGUCCUGCUCUUGCCAGAGAAGGUUCAAGCAGGAGCCAUCAGGAACACUCAGCAUCUCUGGGAAAUAUAUGAUCAAGAUGGGACACUGCAGCACUUUAUUGAUGGUGGAGAACCCAGUAAGUCAAGCUGGAUGAGGUAUAUACGAUGUGCAAGGCACUGCGGGGAACAGAACUUAACAGUGGUUCAGUACAGGUCAAAUAUAUUCUACCGGGCUUGUAUAGAUAUCCCCAGGGGCACCGAGCUGUUGGUGUGGUACAAUGACAGCUACACAUCUUUCUUUGGAAUCCCUCUCCAGUGCAUUGCACAAGAUGAAAAUUUGAAUGUCCCUUCGACUGUAAUGGAGGCCAUGUCCAGACAAGACACCCUACAGCCAUUUAAUAAAAGUAGCAAACUAUCCCCUGCCACUCCACAGCGAUCCAUAGUAUUUCCACAGACUCCGUGUAGCAGAAAUUUUUCUCUCCUGGAUAAGUCUGGGUCCAUCGAGUCAGGAUUUAACCAGAUCAGUGUCAAAAACCAACGAGUUCUUGCAAGCCCAACUUCAACAAGCCAACUAAAUUCUGAGUUCAGUGACUGGCACCUUUGGAAAUGUGGGCAAUGCUUUAAGACUUUCACCCAGCGGAUCCUCUUACAGAUGCAUGUGUGUACGCAGAACCCUGACAGGCCAUACCAGUGUGGUCACUGCUCCCAGUCUUUCUCCCAACCUUCAGAGCUGAGGAACCAUGUAGUUACGCACUCCAGCGACAGGCCUUUCAAGUGUGGCUACUGCGGUCGUGCCUUUGCUGGUGCCACAACACUCAACAACCACAUCCGGACGCACACUGGGGAAAAGCCCUUCAAGUGCGAGAGGUGUGAGAGGAGCUUCACACAAGCCACCCAGCUGAGUCGACACCAGAGGAUGCCCAAUGAGUGCAAGCCAAUAACAGAGAGCACAGAAUCAAUUGAAGUGGAUUAA